AUGAAAAGGUUAAAGAAGAGUGAAAUUAUACUUGGACUAAUAUGCAUAGCUUUAGAAAUAGUACUGUGUGGUGAGUUUAAAAAAGAAUGCAUACAGUCUAUACAUAAUAAAAUAGAUCAGAAGAUGCAGAACCAUAUUAUACCGCACAAUAUGAACUCAUCAUUUAAGAGUAAGAACAGUAAACAACUAGAUAAUAGAAAAUUAAAGAAACUUUUAUUUACUAUGUGUAAAUGGUCUAAAAACACACAUUUGGCAUAUAAAAGAAAAACAAGUGCACUGGCGGACAGUAAUAACCAGACUGCGGAUAUAGGCACAAAAUAUACACAUAAAGAAAACGUUACAAAUGCUGUGAAUGAUACCUUAGAGAUAAAUAGUGGGUUUGACUUAUCAUCAGAUUUAGAGUCAUUGUCAAAGAAAAUUAAUCAUAUUAAUCCCGUCAAAAUAAAGCUUAGCACUGGCUUUAGUAAAAAUACAAGAUUGUCUGCUUAUAAAAAUGAAAACAAGUUUAUUCUAAGAAACUACAUUAAUUAUAUAAGUAAUAUAAGUAAUUUUAAAUUGAUAUGUUAUAAUCAGAUAUUUACUACUUCAUGGGCAAUUAGAAAAUCUCAAAAAAUAAUUAGUAAUUGGAAGGAAGAUAGAAAUACUGAUAUUUGGAGUCUAAUUAAAGAUAUAAAAUUGAGUUAUUUUGUGAAAAGGCGAAUAUUCAGAACCAUAUUUAAAAAAAAAAUUAAAAUUACUGGAUGCCAAAUCCACUAUACUAUAAUGGAUUUAUAA